AAAUUUUCUUUUCGAACAAGGGUCGCCGCGAAGCAACGAAAAACAGAGGUUAAGAACGGACGGGGGAACAUUCAGAAACCUUCACCGUUUUUCUUCAGAUUUUCCUUUUAUUGAUUCGUGGGAUUCUUUUUAAAGGUGGAAUUUCUUCAGGUUUUGGGUAUGGAUGUGGAUAUCAUACGAUUUUCGAUGUGGGUUUGAUUCGUUCAUCGCAUUUGCCUAGAUGGGGAUAAGUUCAAAGGCCGAAGGGCCUUCAACCCCGGCUCUUCGACGAGACCCAUAUGAGGUAUUGUCUGUUUCCAGGGAUUCUACAGAUCAGGAAAUCAAGACUGCAUAUAGGAAACUCGCGCUCAAGUAUCAUCCUGAUAAGAAUGUUGGGAAUCCUGAGGCUACAGAACUGUUCAAGGAGGUUGCUUAUUCUUACAACAUUUUAUCUGAUCCAGAGAAGAGAAGGCAGUAUGACACUGCAGGAUUUGAGGCCAUUGAUGUGGAAGGCUCAGAUAUGGAAAUUGACUUGUCCAAUUUGGGCACUGUCAAUACCAUGUUUGCUGCUUUAUUCAGCAAGUUGGGUGUCCCCAUUAAGACUGCAAUAUCUGCCAUUGUUCUUGAGGAAGCUCUGAAUGGAACUGUGACCAUUAGACCUCUUCCCAUUGGAACAUCAGUCAGUGGAAAGGUAGAUAAACAGUGUGCUCACUUCUUUGGUGUCACAAUCAAUGAACAACAAGCUGCAGCAGGCAUUGUUGUCAGAGUUACUUCCACUGCUCAAAGCAAAUUUAAGCUGCUAUAUUUUGAGCAAGAUACCAAUGGGGGUUAUGGUUUAGCCUUACAGGAGGAUAGUGAGAAGACAGGCAAGGUUACAUCUAUUGGGAUGUAUUUUCUUCAUUUUCAAGUAUACAAGAUGGAUUCAACUGUUAACGCGUUGGCCAUCGCCAAGGACCCUGAGGCUGCUUUUUUCAAGAGGUUGGAAGGCCUUCAGCCUUGUGAGGUUUCAGAACUAAAAGCUGGAACUCAUAUAUUUGCUGUCUAUGGUGAUAACUUCUUCAAGCCCGCAACGUACACAAUCGAAGCGAUUUGUGCGAAAUCAUAUGAAGAAACAACAAAGAAGCUUAAAGAAAUCGAAGCACAAAUUUUAACAAAGAGAAACGAAUUACGUCAAUUCGAAAUUGAAUAUAGGAAGGCACUUGCACGCUUUCAUGAAGUUACCAACCGAUACGCUCAGGAAAAACUAUCCGUCGACGAACUUCUAAAAAACCGAGAUACCGUUCACUCUUCUUUCACCGUCUGCAGACCAGCGAACCAUAACGACACCGGUUUAGGUAAUGGAAAGGUUGAUGAUUCAAAAGCUUACACUUCUGGGGAAGAUGGGGGCUCAGAUGGGAAGGAAAAACCUACCAAGAAGAAAUGGUUUAAUCUAAAUCUGAGAUCAGACAAGAAGCUCGGUUGAGAUCAGAACGGGACGUUUUGAGUCCAUCGAACCGUGUCGUUUGUUGUGAGUUGCCUGAUAAUACUGUUUGCUGUAUCUACAAUAUGGGAUUUUGAAGGAGAGGUACACUAUAAAACAUGUGUAUUUAUGCCAUUGUGUUUAUGAUUGUAUUGAGUGACUUGCUCAGUUCUCAAGAACAUUCUGGCUGAGUUAUAUAUCUUUCAGUUUCAUUAGUGGUAAUAAAUUUGUUUAUUUGGUUUGUGAUGAAAA